AUGUUCGAACCUACUUCCUCGCUGAGCCUACACCGCUUGAGCAGGCAUAGCCUCCAAGAUAGAUACGAGUCAGACGAGGAGGCUGUGUCUGAAUCCGAUACAGGGCCCCAGGAUCUACUUUCCUCGCCCGUGGGCUCACAAACUGAAAUCUUUGAUUCAGAUCUCAGUGCCGACGAGCACUCUCACAUGGACCCUGAUUCUGACCGGGAUGAAGAUAUUCUGGCUCCACCAACAGUCAAACGAGCCCGCCCCGUCUCCUCUGCUACUAUCAAGAGAAACAGCAAUGCCACCUUUGACGAAGAUACGUAUGUGUUUGAUCCGGAGGAGCAGAUGGUUCUUGAACUGCCACCGUCAGAUUCUUCGCCACAACUGGCAUCCAACACCUUUCUACAGCCAUCGAUAUACGUCUGGCCAAAACCACCGCAACCGGCCAGCUCAAGGUCUCGCUCUACUUCGCCCUCAUCGGUCUUUUCGGUAGAGGAGGCGGAUAUUCAGGUUGCAAAGGAAGUGACCUUCAUGGAGCCCCGAACUCGUCCUACAGUGGUCUUGAUUGACGCUCUGGGGUCACGGUCCAAGACCUCAAAAUCUCGUUCGAGCCAUUCCCGCUCCCGCGAAAGCAGCCGCACCCGCUCUAUGCUUGUCAGGGCUGACAGCCGCCGACUUACAUUGCCACACUCGUCAGCCUCGGCAACCAAGUCACCGCGAGUAUCUGAGAAAAGGGCCAGCAUGAAGCCGACGCCCAAGACAGCUACAGCUACCGCUCCAACCACAACCCCAACCGGAACCCUAGAAGAAGAUACACAGUUCGCACCUAGCGCAACCAUCAACCGCGUCUCCGAAAUCCCCUCAGUCCUCUAUUUCCCAGCACCACCACGCACAGUCCCAACACAAGAGUACCGACGACCCCGAACCUCAGGCCAAGACAACGCAAUGCCACCACCACUAAACCCGCGCACCCGUCGACCCCCCUCAAUGCGCAGCACAAGCAGCAACAGCGUGCCCAGCUACACCUCCCGCCCUUCAACACCCUUCUCAGCCGAGGACAGCAAACCAAACUACAACGAUACACCCUCCCAACUCACCAGAGUCUGCAGCCCGGCUUCAAUCUCAUCCGCCUCUUCACCACCGCCAUAUAUCUCCUCGAAACGCAGCGGCUCAACAUACAGUGUAUCGAAUAUGAUCUCAAGCCGCUCUCCACUUAUGAUGCGGCGCAUGACGAGGAAACACUCUUCCUCCAGCGUGCAUUCGCUAAGUAGUCUGCGUUCUGAGGUCGGCGUUAAUGAUGCCUCUGCUUCGCAGAUCUCGGUCGCUACUCAGCCUACCCCGCUGCCCAGUGCUGAUUCCCAUGUUGUGCGCAAGUCUAGCCAGCGUCGCCGUUCACGGCAUAAUAGCGUUCUGCCGGGGAGGGGAUUUAUGGGGUUGAAGCUGGGGAAGAAGUCGCAAGCUAAGGCUUGA